AUGCGCUUCCUGAAUGACGAGCUUAUCAUUGACCGGGAUAAUGGAGUCCCUAUGAUGCAACUCAUUGGGGCCGGGCUCCCACGCUGCGCAACAAGCUCCAUUCAAACAGCUUUCGAGUCCCAAUACAUCGGCCUCACUCCUUGCAUGCACUUUGCCCAUGUGGCACCACACCCCGGCCGCUCUGACAUUCUUCUGGCCGCAAUGCGAGAGCACGACAAAACGCGACGGCACAAGCUUUUGCAUCAGCUAUUUGACGGUUUUGAAGCGACAACCGACUUCCCCGGCUCCUUGUUUGUGGAUGACCUGAUGGACAUGUAUCCCGACGCCAAGAUCGUGCUGAACAAGCGGCCCGGUGGUGGAUCCAAGUGGGAACAGUCGAUCAAAGUUCUUGAAUACGCUGGCAACCCGCUUUAUUACGCUGUCUGCUUCUUGUGGAAGACGGACCGUAACAUUUACACUAUCUGGGAUCUGUUCUUGAAACGCUCUAAGGCCACCCUGGGAUUAACAGAUGAUGAGCUUCUGACGGCUAAGCAUUAUGAUGCGCAUAAUGCCUGGGUUCACGUCCAGGCAGCUAAGCGCGGUUUGGAGGUCUUCGAAUUCGAGCCUCGGGAUGGAUGGGAGCCAUUGUGUGCCAUUCUUAGUAAGGAGACACCCAAGGAUGAGCCAUUCCCCCAUCGUAAUGAUGCGUCUGAGAUUCGAAUGAUCGUCCGGAUUUUAUAUGCUCGGGGGUUGAUCUCCUGGUUAGUCCUAGGUGGUGUGAUAUAUGGCGCGGCGAAGUUCUUGGUCAAAUGA